ACAGCUCGUGAUGAUAUAGAAAGAAAAGCAGGCUUAAAAUAAAGGUGCUUUUUCAUGAUAUGCCUCUUUCAUUUACUUCAUAGCCUUGAGAAAUCUUUGCCAUGUUGGCUGUCUAUGAGUUGUUACACAAAUAAUAUUAAAAUUAAAAGGUUUUUGUCUUUUCAAUGGACUAACCUAUGCCUCUCCCUUUUUUUUUUUUUUUUUUUCUCUUUUUUUCUUUUUCAACAAAUAAGAUAAGUAACUUUUUAACACAACAACAUAGUCCCCAGAUUUUCUUCUAGUAUUAAUCUUGAUUGAGUGCCAAUUCAUCUCCCUUUCUCUCUCUCCACUCUCCUCCCCAUAAUUCAUAGGAAACAAAGAAACAAGAUAGACUGAGCAGAUUAUCCUAACACCCCAAAAAAAAUAAAAAUAAAAAAUACAAGGAAUGAAUGGUGUCAUUGACUUUGAAUCAGAUGAUUCUGAUUUUGUUGAAGUUGAUCCUACUGGAAGAUAUGGAAGGUACAAUGAAAUUCUUGGUAAAGGGGCUUCAAAGACAGUUUAUAAGGCUUUUGAUGAGUAUGAAGGGAUUGAAGUAGCAUGGAAUCAGGUGAAGCUUUAUGACUUUAUGCAAAGUCCAGAAGAUCUUGAGAGGCUUUAUUGUGAAAUUCAUUUGCUCAAGACACUGAAGCAUAAAAACAUCAUGAAAUUUUACACUUCUUGGGUUGAUGUUUCCAAUAGAAACAUUAACUUUGUCACUGAGAUGUUCACCUCUGGCACUCUUAGACAGUACAGGCUAAAACACAAGAGGGUUAACAUUAGAGCAGUAAAGCGUUGGUGUCGACAGAUUUUGAGAGGGCUUCAUUACCUGCAUAGCCACGACCCUCCUGUUAUACACAGAGACCUCAAGUGUGAUAACAUUUUCAUCAACGGAAACCAAGGGGAAGUCAAGAUUGGUGAUCUUGGCCUUGCCGCCAUCCUGCGCAAGUCCCAUGCCGAACGUUGUGUAGGAACACCAGAGUUCAUGGCUCCGGAGGUUUAUGCGGAGGAGUACAAUGAAUUAGUGGACAUUUAUUCAUUUGGAAUGUGUAUUUUAGAGAUGGUGACCUUUGAUUAUCCAUAUAGUGAGUGCACUCACCCUGCUCAGAUCUACAAAAAAGUGACUUCUGGAAAAAAGCCAGAUGCCCUUUACAAAGUGGAGGAUCCGGAGGUUCGACGUUUUGUUGAGAAAUGCUUGGCAACGGUAUCUCACAGACUAUCCGCAAGGGAGCUUCUUGAUGACCCUUUUCUCCAAAUUGAUGAUUACGUAUCAGACUCAGAGACACUAAAUUACUUGCAAGAGUCUGACGAGUUAGACCCUAUAUUAGGGCAGCGUCUCUUGAGCAUAUGUGAUACUAACAACUCUCUAGUAAAUGGUUAUCUUGGAUAUGAACCAGAGACUGAUUCGUACUAUCAACAACUUGAGUAUGAGGCAAAUGAAAUUGAUCUAUUCACAGAUCCCGAAGAUGAUGACAUGGAAAAUGCUGAAAUCAGCAUUAAGGGAAGGAGGAGAGAAGAUGAUGGCAUCUUUUUACGACUCAGGAUUGCGGAUAAAGAAGGUCGUGUGCGCAACAUUUAUUUUCCCUUUGAUGUUGAGAAUGACACAGCACUAAGUGUUGCUACUGAAAUGGUGGCCGAGUUAGAUAUUACAGACCAAGACGUUACCAAGAUAGCAGACAUGAUAGAUGGAGAAAUUGCUUCCUUAGUACCUGAGUGGAAGAAGGGGUUUGGGAUAGAGGAAAGCCUCAACCACACGAACCGUGGCUGUCACAACUGUGCUUCUAAUGGUUCUCUUGUGAACUACCUACCGUCGGAUGGUCCUAGGAACUUGCAAGUGCUCCAUUGUUCCAAGCAUGGAUGUGGUGCUAUGCAUGGCCGUUUUGAGGAGAUAAUGUACCAUCUGGAUCGCUCUGAGCAAUGUAUCACUGACUCCGCUCCUGAGGGCACCUGGGAAUCUGAUGGUGUACAUUAUACUGAUAUUUGGGCACAACAUGACAAAACAAAAUCACGAGCACGAGGCUCUGUUGACUGUCACUCUGAUGUUAAAGACAAAUUGGUGGAUGAAUCCAUUGAUGGUGGUGAGGAGAAACUUACGAGCGUUGACACAGAUGACAAGUCUCGUGUAAUACUACAAGACUCUCCCUCCUCAAAAUCUUCAGGAGCUAGAACUCCAGUAGAAGAUUAUGAGAAUGAGAUAAGGCGAGAGUUGAGGUGGCUCAAGGCAAAGUACCAAAUGCAAUUGAGGGGCCUAAAAGAUCAGCGGUUAGGAGUUGAUUCAAAAUAUUCUCGUCAAAGGUCCAGCAACAAAAUCCCUAGAAAGGAUAAGGUAUCGUCAGGUUCAACUCCAUCUAUAGAGAAGGAUGAGCUUCUACUAAGAUCAUUUAACUCAGGCAAGCAUUUUUCUUCAUAUUUUCCCAUAGAAAUCGAGAACGAAUGUUCUAAUUCUAAGGUUAGGAGAUAUCCACUUGCAUACGGUUCCUGCAGCCCAGAGCACAUGGCCACUGCCCAGAGUUUCUAUACAGGAGCAUUGCUCCCCCACUCACUUCACAGGGCCACUUCACUUCCAGUUGAUGCCAUAGAUUUCUAAGACCGAUCCCUUUACACGUCUCCACUCAAGUGGACAGUCAUCCAGAUACUCAAAAGUGACACUGACAGGAAGAUCUUUUGCGUGAUAUAUAAGGUCUUCGUGUAAUUUUCAAUAUAAAGAGUUUUUUCCACUUGUAGAUUCUUAGCUCCAAGAGAAUAUUACCUUCUUUUGGAACGAUUGAAUGUAAAUUACCUUGGUAGAGAAAUUGCUGGUCUCACCAGAUCAACUUUCUUGCAAUCCAACAAGGGACUUACAGUAAUCUUGAACAUAGAUUGUGUGUAACAAUUAUGUAUGGAUAGUGGCUUAUAUUAUAGAUAUCAUAAUAAGAAAUUCAUUCGGUUGCUUAACCAAAAA